CAGGCCCCGCCCCGAUACUUCCGGUCCGGCCGCCGGGAGCCGGUGCGGCUGUGAGGGUCGCGUCUCUCGCUGCCGCCGCCGCCGGCCGGGCAUGGUGUUGGGCGCCGGCCCGCCUCGCCUGACUCGGGGUGUGCAGAGGAAAGGUGGCAGUAAUGCUAACGCUGGCAAGCAAACUGAAGCGGGAUGACGGUCUUAAAGGCUCCCGGACAUCAGCUUCCGCAUCUGACUCCACUCGGAGGGUCUCUGUGAGAGACAAGUUACUUGUUAAAGAGGUUGCAGAACUUGAAGCUAAUUUGCCUUGUACCUGUAAAGUGCAUUUUCCUGAUCCAAACAAGCUUCAUUGUUUUCAGCUAACUGUAAGCCCAGAUGAGGGUUACUACCAAGGUGGAAAAUUUCAGUUUGAAACUGAAGUUCCUGAUGCUUACAACAUGGUGCCUCCCAAGGUGAAAUGCUUGACUAAAAUCUGGCACCCCAACAUCACAGAAGCAGGAGAAAUAUGUCUAAGUUUACUAAGAGAACAUUCAAUUGAUGGCACUGGCUGGGCUCCCACUAGAACAUUAAAGGAUGUUGUUUGGGGAUUAAACUCUUUAUUUACUGACCUUCUGAAUUUUGAUGACCCACUGAAUAUUGAGGCUGCAGAACAUCAUCUGCGAGACAAGGAGGACUUCCGGAACAAAGUGGACGACUACAUCAAACGCUAUGCCAGAUGAUAAGAGGAGACAGGUGAUCGCAGGCCUGUGGACUGUGUCACAGUUGUGUCUGAUGUGAAACAGCACGAGGUAGUCCUCCUCCCCAUCCUCACACUCCCUGUCAGCCCCUUGGGAUUGUCCCAGUCCUGCGACCAUGUUGUCCUGAAGAAGAUCAUUCUCUUGGCUGCCCACUGUACGUGGUGAACGCAACACAAUACAGCAAGAAAGUAUGUCUGGGCCUUGAAAGAGUUGUCUGCUUCCCUUAACAUGUUUACUCGAAACUCUACUGUCUAGGCUAUUGGUGAAAUUUCUCCGAAGUUGUAAUGAACUCGCCAUUGAGACUAGCGCUUACUUCCCUUUUCCCCAACAAAAUCUGUGUGCUACACAGGUGAUGUACUGACACCUUCCGUGUGACUGGCAGAUUGGCAAUAAGAAACCCACUGUGAACGGUGAUUGGAUGCACAUCCUCUUAGCUUCUUCCACAGUGUUGGCCCUGCCCAGAUGUGAAGCUUCCCAGAAUGCAUAGUCAUUCACUGUAGAUCUCACUGAAAUGCAUAUUUUAUUUAAUGUAAGUAUAUUUUGGAACAGAUUUGUAAUUUGUACAAUUUGAUGCUUUAAUUAUUUUUUUCUAUUCUCA